UCGGCUCUCUCCGUAGGGGGCGGGCCCGGCCGUUCGGAGCCGCGGACCCACGGCUGCGGCGGCGACGGCGGCCGCGGAGGAGCCGCGGGGACGCUGAUCCCGGCUUGACUGUGGUCUCGGCGGCGACGGGGCAGACGGCGAGCAGGUGGACACCUCUCUUGAGCAUGCUGAUGGUCGGUGUCCCCGGCCCCCUACCCUGGCACAGCGGGCAGAGCCGGCAGCCCCCGGGGCCCAUGACCCCCCGCAGGAAGGCCUGAGCAGUCUGGCUCCACCCUGCCCUCUUCGGGGGGGACACGGUGGCCCACCUGCCUCUCCCCUGGCAUCUUCAGGAAUGGUGGGGCCCCCGGCGUGAUCAGCCCCCAGGGCUCCCCACCGCUGCUCGGGAAAUAGAGAUCUGAGCGGCCCCAGAGGACCCUCCUGGUCCCCAGUCCCGCCAAUGGGGCCACCGGGGCCCCUCGCAGCCACCUGACCGCCCAGGGCCCCCCCAGCGCCUCCCCCCCCAGGCCAUGGCCGGCGCCGAGGGCUUCCAGUACCGGGCGCUCUACCCAUUCCGCCGGGAGCGACCGGAGGACCUUGAGCUGCUGCCCGGGGACCUGCUGGUGGUGAGCCGAGCCGCCCUGCAGGCGCUGGGGGUGGCCGAGGGCGCCGAGCGCUGCCCGCAGAGCGUGGGCUGGAUGCCUGGCCUCAACGAGCGCACGCGGCAGCGUGGGGACUUCCCCGGCACCUACGUGGAGUUCCUGGGGCCGGUGGCCCUGGCCAGGCCUGGCCUGAGACCCCGCGGCCCCCGACCCCUGCCUGCCCGGCCCCGUGAUGGACCGCCUGAGCCAGGCCUCACGCUCCCCGACCUCCCUGAGCAGUUUUCCCCUCCCGACGUGGCGCCCCCCAUCCUGGUGAAGCUGGCGGAGGCUGUGGAGCGCACAGGACUGGACAGCGAGGCUCUGUACCGCCCGGAGUCACCUGCCUCACGCACAGACUGGACCCUGAGUGACAUAGAGCAGUGGGACGCGACAGCACUGGCCGACGGCGUCAAGAGCUUCCUGCUGGCGCUACCCGCGCCCCUGGUGACCCCCGAGGCCGCGGCUGAGGCGCACCAGGCCCUGCGGGAGGCCACGGGGCCGGUGGCGCCCACUCUGGAGCCCCCAACGCUGCCGCUGCACCGCGCACUCACGCUGCGCUUCCUGCUCCAGCAUCUUGGACGCCUGGCCCGGCGGGCUCCAACCCCCGGCCUCGCUGUGCGGGCCCUGGGUGCCACCUUCGGGCCGCUGCUGCUGCCGCCGCCCUCGCCGCCGCCAGGGGGCGCUCCCGAGGGGACCGAGCCCAGCCCUGACUUCCCCGUGCUGCUGCUUGAGAAGCUGCUCCAGGAACAGCUGGAGGAGCAGGAAGUUGCCCCCCCAGCACUGCCUCCCAAGCCCCCCAAGGCCAAGCCGGCCCCCACGGGCCUCACCAAUGGGGGAAGCCCACCCUCCCUGCAGGACGCUGAGUGGUACUGGGGCGACAUCUCCAGGGAGGAGGUGAAUGAGAAACUCCGCGACACGCCCGAUGGCACCUUCCUGGUCCGAGAUGCUUCCAGCAAGAUCCAGGGGGAGUACACACUGACGCUCAGGAAAGGCGGGAACAACAAGCUGAUCAAAGUCUUUCACCGGGACGGCCACUAUGGCUUUUCUGAGCCUCUGACCUUCGGCUCGGUGGUGGAGCUCAUCACCCACUACCGCCAUGAGUCGCUGGCCCAGUACAAUGCCAAGCUCGACACGCGGCUGCUCUACCCGGUGUCCAAGUACCAGCAGGACCAGAUUGUCAAGGAGGACAGUGUGGAGGCGGUGGGUGCCCAGCUGAAGGUGUACCACCAGCAGUACCAGGACAAGAGCCGCGAGUACGACCAGCUGUACGAGGAGUACACACGUACCUCGCAGGAGCUGCAGAUGAAGCGCACGGCCAUCGAGGCCUUCAACGAGACCAUCAAGAUCUUCGAAGAGCAAGGCCAGACGCAGGAGAAGUGCAGCAAGGAGUAUCUGGAGCGCUUCCGGCGCGAGGGGAAUGAGAAAGAGAUGCAGAGGAUCCUGCUGAACUCGGAGCGGCUCAAGUCCCGCAUCGCCGAGAUCCACGAGAGCCGCAGCAAGCUGCAGCAGGAGCUGCGGGCACAGGCCUCCGACAAUCGGGAGAUCGACAAGCGCAUGAACAGCCUCAAGCCCGACCUCAUGCAGCUCCGCAAGAUCCGGGACCAGUACCUCGUAUGGCUCACCCAGAAGGGCGCCCGGCAGAAGAAAAUCAACGAGUGGUUAGGGAUCAAAAACGAGACUGAAGACCAGUAUGCACUGAUGGAGGAUGAGGACGACCUCCCCCACCACGAGGAGCGCACGUGGUACGUGGGCAAGAUCAACCGCACACAGGCAGAGGAGAUGCUGAGCGGGAAGCGGGACGGCACCUUCCUGAUCCGCGAGAGCAGCCAGCGGGGCUGCUACGCCUGUUCUGUCGUGGUGGACGGCGACACGAAGCACUGCGUCAUCUACCGCACAGCCACGGGCUUCGGUUUCGCAGAGCCCUACAACCUGUACGCGUCGCUCAAGGAGCUGGUGCUGCACUACCAGCACGCCUCGCUGGUCCAGCACAACGACGCACUCACCGUGACACUGGCUCACCCUGUGCGGGCACUGGGGCCCGGGCCUCCGCCCGCUCGCUGAGUGGCCCCCACCUGCCUGAGGCCCCGCCCAACGGUCUCAGACC